UCAUUUGAUUCAAGUUGUUAAAAAAUGAAGUAUGUUUGAUAUGUAAACUUUCAUUUGAAAAUUUCUAAUUGCUCCAGCUGGUCUAAUCAUCACUUGGCCUAAACACCGAAGAAUACUCAAUAGAACAAUGAGCCAAAUCCACCUGAUCUACGACCACUUCCUCGACAUCGUCCAGUGCAGCGAGCAAAAACUGUGCUGCCCGGACAAGCCGCCAGAAAUAGUGCCGAUGGACAAGUGCACGGCGGCCAGGAACCGCCGCCCGGAACCGCCGGAGGAGCCAAGGUUUCCACCGCGUCCAAAACCACCGAGCUGUGCUAACUGUGAACCCGUGUGCUUCCCCGACAGGCCGAUAUGCUGCGUCGAAAAGUUGGACUAUUGCAACGAGAGGAGUUCCUGUCUGCCCUGCGUGCCUUUGCCGCCCCAGCCGCCUAAACCGCCUACUUGCCAGAAGAAGCAGCCCAAGUGUGAUGAUGGAAAAGCUAAGAAGAAAGGCUGGUGGUAAAAUUCAACAACCAUUUUUUAACAUUCAGGUAAUUGAAUACUGAUUGAAACGAAGAAGAUACGACCAAAAAGUCUCAUUUUUAAUAUCACAGUCAUAUAUCAUCAGUUAUAAAACGGAGCAAAUUAUACUAUAUACAUAAAAAUAUAUUCAUAAAAUAAA